CUCGAAUAUUCCCCAUUUUCUGAAUUGAGGUGCAUAAGUUCCAGUCUUUCUAAACGCCCCGACGAGGACAUACCCUGAAUUGAAAUUAUCUGUAUCUUGGAGCGUGCCCACUGGGACAUCACAAAACACCAAUCAUACCUCGAUUUAUAAUAACUUGUGAAGUCCACAACAUACCAGGUUUCAAGAUGACUAAGGAAGAAGCUGCAACCGAAGAGACCAAGACAGAAACCAAGACAGAGGCCGCCCCAGAAGCCCCACCAAAGACGGAACCUGAGAGCAAGGUCGAAGAAGGACAGGCAAGCGGAGAGGGCGCUGCCGAAGAAGGAAAGGAAGGUGAAUCAAAACCAGAGGGAAAGACUAGCUCGACGUCAACGAGGAAGAAGAAGUGGUUGCCAUGGCAGAGAAGAGAAGGAAACAGUGUUAAGGGAGCAGGCACGGGAGCCGAGCCUGCAAACAGUUCAGGUAAGGAGAGGCAGCCCACCGAGGCCGAGAUCGACGCCGAGCUCCAGAAGCGAAUUCAAGACCUGGAACAGCAGAAGUCUGACAUGCAAAAGAGACUCCAGCUCUACAGGAAGAUCAAUGACUUGGAGAAGGAGGUCGGUGACAUGAAGGGCGAGAUUGACUCAAUCAAGGUCAAUGUUGUGAGGCCGGACGAGGUAGAGACCAAAGUACCGGACGAAGGUCAGUGAGAUGGUAAUGGGACAACCAAGCCGUUUGCGUUUCAACAGUAACUGAUGAAACAACCAGAUCAGCAAAGAGAAUUAGACUAAAACUGAACUCAAAACAAGAAAUAUAGAUUUAUAUUCGGCAUGUCUUCAGUAUGUAAGGCAAUAUGUUGACGAUCAGGUCUUCAUGUUGCUUGGAGGGAUUAAUGUUCUCAAGGGGGCCACGACCACGUGCAGAAUGCGUCAUCAUACAUCCAUCGACGGAUCAGAUCAUACUCGGUUUAAUCUCCGUCCUGCGUAUAUUGCAGAGAUAACGGCAAAUCAACAGAACUGUCUUCCAUGAAUGAAAACAACCUACACCAUCAUCUUUCGACAGCCAACAGUUCAACCUGAAAUCGUUGCGAAGACCCCCGUGAAGCCUUCCUAUCCUUUAUAUCCAAGAUAAUCUCUUAAUGUCUCGACCGCAGCCACGAAUGUCAAUUUCAACAGAACAAGCAGCAAAGUGCAAUGUUUCAGCAAGAUCGCAAUAAUCGUUUCAGAACUAUCCCCUUCAAUCCAGAGUAUAGAAUGGCGAUAUGCAUGAUGAGUGUGGCAAGUGUACAACGGUUGCAAGAACUUUCCGGAUGCCUAUAUCGCACCGAAUGAGAGCGCCUAUAUUAUCUUAUCAAUCUUUCUUUCUAUAGAUGAUAGUUCAAUCUAUUCUUUCUGUCGCCGUCUGUUUCGCAUUAUAUAGGUAUUGAGGUAGUUUUGAUGAGUAGUUUAGUAUCUCGUAUCGACCGUCGAAUGGCCUAGUUAAGCAGCGGUCCUCUAGGUUGGGUCUUCAAAAGUCGUCUGAGGUUUCUAUGACAUCGGCGACGCAGUAAGGGAAAUACAUGCACUUGAUGUCAUAUCGACAGUGUUUAGUCACUUAACGUGGGGGUAAUCAAGUUUAAAACACUGUUUAGUUUCUUGUAUAAUUCUUUGUGGAAUGACACUUAUUUUCACGUGAUUUGGUAAUGAUGGAUCUUAAAGCUGCUGUAAGCCUGCCAUAAAAAGCAUAAAUUUUCGUCCUUUUUGUAUAAUAGCAAUUUUUGUAUAACUUUUCUUAGGGAGCUAUUAGUCCCUUAUAUUAUGUUCACAUAGCCAGCGUAUGGAUGCAUGAGUUAUAUUUAGAAGGGAACACUUUUGAUUAGUACAAAGCUGCAGAAAUAUAGAUAAUCAUUUGUUGUGGGUGUAAUCUUGUAUUUUAAUUAUGUAUUGGCAAAUGAUUAGGAUAAAGAUCAGAUGAAUAGUUUUGACUUACAAACUCCUUUAAAGAAUGCGCUGUGCAUCUAAUUUUGUGAACAUCUCAUUGGAUGUAACGCAGUCAACAAGCUUUGUGUGAACUUCUGGAUGUUCACCGAGUUAGAUCUGCAGCUGUGUCGUAAAGGCGAUCGACCCCUGGUCUGACCACUCUCAAAGCCUUCUCUAUAACGAUACAGAAAGCUAACAAAGCCGGGCAAAGUGCAAUAUUAUGGACUGAAACAUCGAAACCAUGCUAAGUAUUCACUCUAUUGAUAGAAAUAGUGUUUAGAAAUAGCUGUAAGAAUAUACAUUUCGGUGCGCAUGUUAAGAAUAUGCACACACAUUAUAUGUAUAUCAUAUAUUUGUAUUAUAAUAUUUGUCACGUUAAUUGUAACGCACCCUUUCUAAUCUUGUACAGAGCUCAUUAUAUAUAAAGGACCUUUUUUCAAUUUUCAGAAAAAAAUGAAGUGUUUUGUUUGUCAGAAUGGGAUGUCGCUUGCUAUGCCAUUCAAAAUGGCGUCCAGUAUUUAAAUGGCGCAGGUAAAUGUGACACUUGUCAUGUCUGUUCAGCGCAUGGUCACCAUAUCAAAAUGUUUGGACACCACUUUGUUACUACAUGGCAAUACGAAUCCCAAGAGUAUUUAAGUUAUUCAAAUUUGUGUUCGCGUUCAUGAUGAUGUAGUAUUAAGGUAUAUAUAUAGUCUUGCUCAUUGUAUUCAUUUUUUUUCUGUUUCGUUGAUACCUAAUAAAUGGUUUACUUUAUUUCAGUUA